CGAUACUCUGAGAGAGUAAAAGGGCCAACUGAAACCGCGAAAUGACGGAAGGUGGCGCAUUUUAAGCGCUGAAAUCGAGCGUACGCCAUUUCCCAUUAAUGUAAAGACACUCUCCUUGUCUCUCCUCCUCCUCCUCUCUCUCUUCCUGUGCUGCCAUUCUGCUGGUGCGGUUUCUCUCUCCCUCUUUCUUUCCCGCACUCGGUAAAAGGGCUUGCGAGCUGGAAGCAGAAGGGGAGCUUACGAUAGCACAUUCCCUAAAAUACGUCAUCACGGACCUUGAAUCUCGACCUGCCUUUUCUCCUCCCAUUCGCGUGCCCUCCUUUUUCGCCCCUGUCACCUCCCUCUCUCUAGUCUAAUCUCCAUUCUUUUCUUCUUUUUGAAGCUCUCACAUUUCCCCUCCUCUCUCUAACUAGCUUCUCCCUUCUCUCUCUCUCGCUCUAGGGUUUCAUUCUUCACCCAUUGUCCUUUUGAUUCUGAUUCCCUUUGAUUUCGGCCUACUGAAGCAGGAGAUGCGUCGAAGAAGAACCUCCGCUGUCUAGCCCUCUCUCUCUGAUCUUCGAUACAUUAUGAAGAGUUUGAAAUUGAGGCAAUGGGCAGUGGCAUUUGCAUCUGGAAAUGAAGGAGAGGCAGCGUUGGAGGGCUGAAGAGGACGCUCUAUUACGUGCUUAUGUGAGACAAUAUGGCCCGAGGGAAUGGAACCUUGUGUCACAGCGUAUGAACACGCCCCUUGGUAGGGAUGCCAAAUCUUGCCUAGAAAGGUGGAAGAAUUACCUCAGACCUGGAAUUAAGAAAGGAUCCCUCACUGAAGAGGAGCAACGUCUUGUAAUUCGUCUUCAGGCCAAACACGGCAACAAAUGGAAGAAAAUUGCAGCUGAAGUCCCUGGACGUACUGCUAAGAGAUUGGGGAAGUGGUGGGAAGUGUUCAAAGAGAAGCAGCAGAGAGAGCAGAAAGAGAACAACAAGGUUGUGGACCCCAUUGAGGAGGGCAAGUACGAUCGGAUUCUAGAGACUUUUGCAGAGAAGUUAGUGAAAGAGCGUCCUGCCCCAGCAUUUCUGAUGGCUACUUCAAACGGAAACUUUCUUCAUCCUGAUCCACCUGCUCCUCCCCCACCAACUCUACUUCCUCCUUGGCUUUCCAAUUCCAACUGCACCUCCACUGUUAGGCCACCCUCCCCUUCUGUCACCUUAAGUCUCUGUCCCUCAACAGUUGCAACCUCACCGACAAUUCCAUGGCUGCAGCCAGAGAGAGGGCCAGACGCCACCCCGCUUGUUUUGGGCAACUUGCCACCCCAUGGGGCAGUCCCCACGUCUGGAGAGAACUUACUGAUUUCAGAGCUAGUGGAGUGCUGCAGGGAGUUGGAAGAAGGGCACCGAGCUUGGGCAGCACAUAAGAAGGAGGCAGCCUGGAGGUUAAGAAGGGUUGAGCUGCAACUGGAAUCGGAGAAAGCAUGCCGAAGGAGGGAAAAAAUGGAAGAGAUAGAAUCAAAGGUGAAGGCUCUUAGGGAAGAACAGAAGGCUACACUGGAUAGGAUUGAGGCUGAAUACAGGGAACAGUUAGCAGGACUAAGGAGGGAUGCAGAAUCCAAGGAGCAGAAGUUGGCUGAGCAGUGGAGUGCAAAGCACUUGCGCCUUACCAGAUUUAUUGAGCAGAUGGGAUGCAGACCCAGGCUUGCCGAGCCAAAUGGCCGGUGAGGAAGGUGUGUUGUCCACAGUUAGCACAUCAAAUCUAUCCUCUUAGUUUGGAUCAGCUGCUCUUGUUUCUUUUACAUUUUGCUCUGCCUUUCUCUUUGUUACUUGUUCAUUCUCCUCUGAUAAUCUAUUAUAGUUGUCGAGUAAUAGUUACUAUCCCCUGGACUGACUGAAUGUUGGGGUAGCAUUAUCUAGUCCUGUUCUAAUUUUCCACUCUCCUCUUAGCAUGAUGAUAAUUACGUCCCAAUUUUUUAUGGCAA